AUGGACAAAUUCAAUCAACGUGUGAUUAGCAUAGUUUUUGGUAAUGAUCCAAUGAGCUUGGAGCACCAGCAACAGAUAGGGGGUGGUGUGAAGAGAAGAUGUGAUGGGGAGAAUGAGGCAACUAGGCUUGUCUCCACUAGUAAUGGCAAUGGCAUGAAUAAUGGUUGUGGGAAGAGACUAAAAGCAUUAAAAGGUAGAGAUGAGAAUCAUGAUUCUAAAGCUAAAGUAGCACCCAGUUCAGGCAAGCUUGUGGAACAAAAAUUGCAACCACCCAAGCCACCUAAACAAGAUUACAUCCGUGUGCGAGCAAGAAAGGGUCAAGCAAUUAACAAUCACAAUUUAGCGAAAAAAAGAGAAAAGGUUCGUGAAAGAAUGAAAAUUCAUCAAGAUUUGGUCCCUGGUUGCAAUAAAUUAUUGGCAAAGCACUUGUCCUUUAUGAUAAUUAAUUAUAUUCACUCACUACAAGGUCAGGUUGAGUUCUUGUCAAUGAAGCUUGAGACAAUCAAUUCAAGAAUGAACUUUGGCAUUGAAGUAUUUCCUCCUAAAGAUUAUGGCCAACAAACAUUUGAUACUACUAGUAUGGCAUUUGGUUCACAAGCAACGAGGGAAUAAAGCCGUGGUACAUC